AUAUAAAAAUCAAAGGCAACAAAUAAACUUAUAAAUUAUAGUAAAGUCUAUAUAUAUACAGAUAUGUAAUACAUAACAAACCCCUUGAGAUUAUCUGCGCGAUAAAUACUUUAUCAAGCAGCUACAACUACAAUUGAACUAACGUAUAGUACAUAUAUAUAUGUAUUUAGUAAGUUGCAACAAUCCGUAAAAGCCGGUCAAGUUGUUAGCCAACGUUGCUGCCCUUCAAGUGUAUACAUAUUGUACAUUGUGCCUGCGCGUUUUCAUUUUGAGGUCAUCAAUCAAUUUAUAUUCUUCAAGCAAUUUUUUCGCUUAACGGUUAGAAGAAAAUGCGCUAUCGCAAAUAUAGAAAAUAUAGUUGGAACUCUGACGAGUCCAGCGCACGACAGACAACAAGAAUGGAAGUUCAAACGGUGAAUAAUCACCUAAACAAUUCCCUCAUAUCACCGCCAGCCUUGUCACAAUCACAGCAAGCCCAAUUGAAUAACAGCAUUAUCACACUCAGUCGCAGUAACAGUCCGGCCAGUUCGAAUUCGGAAAUUGAAAAAGAAUUACAAGAUUUAGAUUUAAAUAGUUCACUGAACAGCGGCAGUGUUAGCUUGGGUGCCGAACUAAAUAAUUGCAAAUCGAAUGGUUCAUUAAGUGGCGCCUCCACCACAAGUUCCACCACAGGUCUCACAACAUCAGUCACUACAGCGGCAGCAGCAGCAGCAGCUGCAUGUGUAACAAUAAAAACAACAUCUUCUUCUACUGAAGCCCUAAUAAAUGGCAAUGGUGCUGAUGCGGCUACAACAAAUGCUGUUAAUAACUCAUCGUCAGCAGCUGCAGCAGCAGCAGUGGCACAGGUGAAGAAGCGCAUAUCCAGCAGCCGUACACCGACACGCAAAGCGAGGCGAAUAAAAUUCUAUCGCAAUGGCGAUCGUUUCUAUCCGGGUAUUACCAUUCCAGUCUCAAAUGAACGUUAUAGAUCAUUUGAGAGCCUUUUCGAAGACUUAACACGUUUACUAGAGGAUAAUGUGAAAAUUCCAGGGGCUGUGCGUACCAUCUAUACAAUGUGUGGCAAGAAGAUCUCAACUUUGGACGAACUCGAAGAUGGCCAAAGUUACGUUUGUUCCUGUAAUAAUGAGAAUUUCAAGAAAAUCGAAUACAACACCUCCUCACAGCCAUUGGCCAAUUUGACACUCUCCAAUAAGACAAACAAUCGUCUGUCAAAAACUUAUCGUCCAUCGUCACCUCUUAAGAAUGGCACAACCACAUAUAAUAGUGGUGCCGGUGGUGGCGUAGCUGGUGGUGGUGUUGCCGGUAAUGGUACAAAUGUCACAACUGGAGCCACUAACGGUAGUCCAGUGCUAAAGUUGAGUGAACGCGACAGCGUUGUACAUCCCCGUAUUGUAACGCUGAUAAGAAACGGUACCAAACCACGUAAUAUUAUGCGCCUACUGCUAAAUAAACGCAACAGCCCGAGCUUCGAUCAUGUACUAACUGCAAUUACCCAAGUUGUACGCCUCGAUACGGGCUAUGUACGUAAAGUGUUUACACUCUCCGGCAGUCCGGUUGUGCAACUUGCCGAUUUCUUCGGUCCCGAUGAUAUAUUCUUCGCUUAUGGCACCGAACGUGUUAACAAUCCAGACGAUUUUAAACUUGAACCUGAUGAACACAAAGCCAUACAGGCCAUACGAAAAUCACUGCGCACAGCCGGCACCACUUAUAAGGGUCCCAAACCGAAAAUGCCUGUGAAGAGUAAAAAUUUGAAUAGCGCUAAGCAUCAGCAAAAUCAUAAACAAGAACCAUGUGAUCAGAUUGUUGACGAAGAUUUGGCCGCGUUGAAUGAAAGCGGUAUUGAUACAAGCGAACUGCCAAGCGUCAUACGUGAGCGUUACGCAUUGGGACAGAUUAUAGGUGAUGGCAAUUUUGCUGUUGUGCUGAAGAUCAAAGAUCGUCAGAAUGGCGUACCGUAUGCGUUGAAAAUCAUCGAUAAAAGUAAAUGCAAAGGCAAAGAGCAUUACAUCGAUGCAGAAGUGCGUGUAAUGAAGAAAUUACAACAUCCACACAUAAUUUCAUUAGUCAUGGAUGUUGAUCAGCAAGCGAAUAUGUACUUGGUGCUGGAGUACGUGAGUGGUGGUGAUCUUUUUGAUGCCAUAACACGAGUAACACGCUUCUCGGAGAAUCAAUCGCGUGUUAUGAUUAAGCAUUUGGCCUCAGCCAUGGCCUAUUUACAUUCCAUGAGCAUUGUGCAUCGCGACAUUAAACCCGAAAAUCUAUUGGUCGAACUGGACGCCAAUGGCUAUGUAACUGAGCUUAAAUUAGCUGAUUUUGGUUUAGCUUGUGAGGUGACUGAACCAUUAUAUGCCGUUUGUGGCACGCCUACAUAUGUUGCACCGGAAAUACUAAUGGAGACAGGCUACGGUUUAAAGAUCGAUGUCUGGGCAGCUGGUAUUAUCCUCUACAUACUGCUUUGCGGAUUUCCACCAUUCGUUUCGCCCGACAAUCAACAAGAGCCACUAUUUGAUGCCAUUAUAUCUGGAGUUUACGAAUUUCCCGAACCGUAUUGGUGCGAUAUUGGCGAUGGUGUACGCGAUCUUAUUGCUAACAUGCUGCAAUCGGACCCCGAAGUACGUUUUACCAGCGAAGAUAUACUAGAUCACUACUGGACACUGGGUGAAUGUAAUGAGUAUAGUAGUUGAAUUUCCUGCCAUAAUGCGGUAGAGGAUGCGAAUGGGAUUCAUAGGCGAAGGCAACAGAAACAAAAACAAGCAUGUCAUGAAUGCAUCAUUUUAGGCUAUAGCUAGAUAUAAGUAGUAGCUGCUUGUUGAUUUGCCGACCUAAACACAAUUACACACAUACAUGCAUACAUUAUAGACUUAGUAUUUUGUGGGGGUCGUAAUAUUCGUAAUUUGUAUUUGAUUACUUUUAAAAAAAAAAUUUAUAAUUUACGAAAAAAAAAAAAUUAUUUAUAUGCGAUGGGAAAUUUUUAAAAUGCCACUAUGCAGAACGCUGAGAAGAAAAAUAUGUUGAAAACAAAAACAAAGCGCUGCAAAAAUAUUUGUGUGGUCAAAAUUAAAGUCGGCGCACUUAACUAGAAACAUGCAUUAUAUAUAUGUAAAAAACAUAAGCUCACAUACAUAUAAUCACGAACUUGCACAUAUGUAUAUGUAUGCUGAAGUUGUCUUUAUUAUUAAACUAUAGUAUUUAUAAUUUAUUGCUUAAAAAUUUGCGCCACACACUUACGAAAGGUCUGACGAAAUCAUUCAGUACUUUAUAAAAAAAAAAAUAUUAUUAUUAUGAUAAAAAAAGACGCGUUAAUAUUAAAUAAAAUCCCAAUGAAUGCCUGUGAAAUAAAGUCAAUGAUAAUUUCACUGAAAAUAAACAAAUUGUAUGUAUUCAAACAAAAAAAAAAAACAAAAAAAA